AAUACGCGUGUGUAAGUGAGCGAGACCGACGCGUGUGUGCCUGUAGUAAUUAAAAAUGUUUUAUCGUAAAAAUAAUAUAAAUUUUAACAUGUAAAUAAAAUGUUAAAACUAAAAAAUUCAACUAUAUUUUCAUCGCUAAAUCAGCAAUAAUUAAAUACAACAAUUACAACUGGAUAGUUUAUUUAUUCUUGUCUCAAAAAAUCAACGCAGAAUUGCUGCAGUUGAUAGAAAAUAUAUAUUUAAACACCACAAAAAUCAAGUGUUAAAAAAAAGGUUUUUUUUAUGGUUGAAUUGAAAGUUUUGUUUGGUCUAUCGGAUUUAAACGAGCCAAUAAUGAAUCCAAGAAGUGAAGAAGAUUUUAGUAUUUGUCGUGCAGAUGCAAGUCCAGGACAAAAAUAUAUUCUUAAAUUUACACCACCAUCUGAACCAAGUUUUAUUUCACGUGGCAGAUACAGUUCACCAGGUGGUAUUAGUAAAUCAGUGCCACGACGUAAAUCAGACAUUAAAAAUAAAACAAAUAGAUCAUUAAAUUUUGAUAUUGGUAAAAGAACACAUCGUCAAUCAACAAAUAAUUCAACAAAUACAACAAAUUUAAGUCGUUCAGCUAAAAUGUUAAAAUCAUUAAAUAUUGAUAUUAAUAAAAUUACCAACAACAGUGCUAAAAAAAUUAAUAAAACAUUAAAUUUUGAUAAAACACCAAGUCCAAAAAGAUUAUCGACAAAUAUAAAUAACAAAAGUAAACGUAAUAUGUCAAAUUUAACACUUGAUUCACCAAGUGUUAUUAAAACAUUACAAUAUGACAGUUCAAGUGAAACAUCAGAUGCAAGUCCAAUGAAUUUAUCUAAUGGAUCAAUUGAUGAAAAUCAAAAUAAAACACCAUCAUCAAAUAAUAACAAUAGAAAAGCUAAAAAAUCAUUGAGUUAUUCAUCACCAUCAUCAAAUGGUAAAUCACCAGAUUUUAGUGUUUUAUCACCAGGUUUAAGAACAGAAUUACGUGAAAAAAUUGAUAAUAUUGUACAAGUUAAUAAUUUAACACCAAAAUUUAUUAAUUUUAAAAAUAAAAUUACUGAAAAUGCUGCUGUUAGUACACCGAGAAAUUUGUUUAAUAAUUAUAGUGAUGACGAUGAUGAUGAUGAUGAUGAUAAUAAAAAAAUGAAAGGUAAAAAUAGUAGUGAUGAAAUAGUGAAAGACAAAAAAGAGGUGGAGUUUAUAGAAAAAGAAGGAGAGGAAGAUGAAGAAUCACCUGAAACACCUAAAAAUACAAUUUGUGUUGUACCAGAAAGUAUGAGUGCUAUUAAAAAAAGUCACAGAAAAGAACGUGUUACUGGUCGUCUAUUAAAAUUAGAAAAAAGUAAUAUUGAAAAAUCAUUUAAAAUGAAUACUGAUAAUGAUGAAAAAGAAGAAGAAAAAAAUAUAUCAAUAACACCAGAAACAAAAAAUAUUAAAAAUACAUUUAAUCAUACAAUUGAGUCAAUUAAAAAAUCACAUAAAAAAAAUAGACAAAAUAAAAAUAAAUCAUGUAGUAUUGAUUCAGAUGAUGAUGAUUUAUCUGAAACUGGUUCAUUAUUUGAUUAUUCAGCUGAAAAAUUAAAUGACAAUGAUGUUAAUGAUAAUAAAAUUGAUAAAAUUCCACAAAUUAUAAUUCAAGAACAUCAAUCAACAAAUGAAGAAAUUAUAAAUAAAAUUGAUACAAAUAAAACAACAACAUCAACAACAUCAUCAACAGGUAAUAGUACAACAACACCAGAAAAUAAAAUUGAUUAUUUACGUCGUAUAAUGACUGAUUCAAUAAAAAAAUCUCAUAAAAAAGUAAAAGAUUUAAAUAAAAAAUCAUUAUUUAAACCACGAACAUUAGAAAAAGGUCUUGAUGAUGAAAAUGAUAAUAAAAUAAUAACAAUUGAUAAUAAUAAUAUAACAGAUGAUGAUAAAAAUCGUUCUGGUACACCAGAAAAUAUGAAUUCAAGUCGUUUAUUACUUGAUAAAUUUAAUUCAGUUAAAAAAUCACAUAAAAAAGAUAAACAUCGUGUAGCUGGUUUUUCACAACAACGUCAAAUUAAUUUAUCAAACACAAAAGUUGAUGAUGACAGUAAUUCUACACAACAAAUUGAUGAAGCAAGUACUUCAAAAACAACUGAUAAUAACAACUGGCAGCUGAAUAAUUUAGGUACAUCAUUGCUUGAUGAUAAUAACGAACCAAAGCCACUUUGUACAUCACCAAAUAAACGAAAAAAUCCAUCGAGUGAUGAUAAUUUACAAAUAUCAAGUAGUAGUGGCUGUUGGAAAAUUGAAAAUGAAUUGAAUAACGAUGAAUUUAAAAUAUUUACUCCAAUUAAAAAAAAAAAACCAUUGAAAGUAAUAUCAACAACAUCAUCAUCAUCAACAAUUGAUGAUUCGAAAUUGUUGGCUGAUGAAAAUAUUGAAAUUGGAAGAUGUGAAACACCAAAAUUAUCACAAGAAAUAGAUGAUGAUAAUAAUAAUAAUUUUAAAACACCAAUUAAAUCAAAAAAAAUAAAUACAGAUGAUGUAAAUGAUAAUGAAGAAGAUAAUGAUGAACAAAUUGAUGAUGUUAAUGGUCGUUUAACACCAGAAAAUCAAGCAUUACAUCCACAUAUAACUUGUCUAAGUUCAAUUAAAAAAUCACAUAAAAAAGAUAAAUGGACAAAGUCAACAAAACGUACGUCAUAUUUAUUAAAAAAAUUUAUUGACGUUAAAAAUAUUGUUGAUAGUCCAAUGAAAGAAAAUAAAACAAAAACAUGGCGUACAAAUAUUGAUAAUCAAUCAUCAUCAGAUAGUGCAGAUAAAUGUGAUGAUGAAAAUCAAAGUAAUAAUAGUAAUAGUCCAAAAGCAUCAACAAGUUAUUCAACAAUAUUAACUGAUACAAAUUCACCAACAAAAACACCACCAAAUACAUUGGAAACAAAAACAUAUCUACGUUUAUUACAAACAACAUCAAUAAAACGUUCACACAAAAAAAUGCGUGAUAAAAAAAAACAAGAAUCAAUUAUAUUUGAUCCAGAUUUAUCAGAUGAUGGUUCAAUAUUUGAUGAAACAGAUAAAAAAAUUAAUGAUUUAGAUAAUAAUGAUUGUUUACCUCUGGAAGGUGAUGAUGAUCAUACAAACAUAAAUGAUCUUACUGAAAAGAUAACUUGUUCAAAACGUCGAUGCAGCAGUGGUAAUAAAUCAGAUGAUGGAUCAAUAUUUGGCUCUGAUUCUGAGCAACAAAUAACACCACGAAGACGUAAUGUUAAAAUGAUUAAAAAUGAUACAACUUGAAUAAUAAUAAAAUGGUUUUUUUUCUUUUCUU